AAUCUUAUUCUCACCUUUCCUGUUCGUGGUUGGUAAGUGUUAUUUCACACAUAUUUUGGUAAAAUUUUCUGUGAAUCGCUAUUUCAAGAUAAUAACCUGAAUAAAUAACUUUUCAGAUGAAAUAUUCAGCCACAGUGGAGACCGGAGAAACGAUAGCUAACCUUUAGGACGGACUUUUACGGACACAGUACAUGUAAGUAAAAAUUCUCAUGAUGAAGUAUGGAAGCAGCCAUCAUUGUUAAGUAUAUAUUAUGUUAUGCUUACGUGGUAUGGGGAAAGAGAGGAAAACUGACAUUGGACUACCAUCACAUUUCUUUGACUCCUUCGAAUCAAAGAAUAUUUACUUAGUCCAACCAAUACUAUCUGUAAUUUUCAUUGCUACUGUUGAGCUUCCUUUUAUCCAAAUUAGCCCUAGUAUAAGUCGAAAGCAGCCCUAACUCUAACUUAGGCCAGGCUUAACCAUCAACCAGCCUUAGCUUAGCUAACUCAACAUUGACAUUAGAAAUAACCAACUACCAACUGUUCCAGCAACAGUUAGGGCUGCAUUAAAAGUCAAAAUGCUAAGUUAAGCUAAUUAAACUUGUAGUUUUUAAAGUUAGAAGUCUAAGACUUAGACUAGUCUGAAGUAAAGUUAUCAUCCCCAAAAAUUUGCCAAGUAAGUUAAGUCUAAGUAACUAACUAACUACUAAUAUAUAAUUAUACUAAAUGUAAUAAUAGUAGUAAUACUUACUUGCUUUACAAUUUAAAGAACAGCCACUUAAACUUACUGCAGUUAUGUCUCAAUGAAUUUUGAUUUACAGUUGAGCCUCAAAUAAAGAAAAAAAAUUUAAAAUGAAAAAUGUUUUGUGACCAGUAAACAAUUUGUUGUUUCAUUUAAGCACACAAUGCUACUGGCUCUGUAGUACUUUGGCUUGUUUACAGUAACAGUUUAUCAGACUGAGUGCUCUCUUAAAAUCUCUUAAAAAACACAGAUUUUUAAUUAAUUUUUUCAUAUUUUUUGUUAUUUUAGCCUUUAUUAUUGCCCCUUAAGCCUUAAGAGAAACGUAUUAUUAAUUGGAAUCUUUUUAAUUUGGGAGUAUAUAUUAUAGGCAUUAACAAAUAAUGCAAUACUGCAAAAUCGCUGAUCAAUAUAAUUCUAAAGAACAAAGAGACAUUAAAUGCGGCUGAUUAUAAAAAUACAAUUAUCAAAAUAAAAUGCUGGAACUUUGGAACAGAUUAAUUCAAAAUUGAUUUUAAUAAGAAAAAUUAUUUUGGUUAGUGAACACUUUUAGACAGUCUCCUUAGUAGUUUAAGUUACAAAAUUAUAAAAUUAAAAUGUAACCAGUGUACUUAAUGUAACAGUAGACCAUAGAUGCCUAGAAUUAGAAUAUAACAUUAAAAGUUUUUUUUUAAUUACAAAAAAAUCAGCUUGAUACAUUUAUGAUGAGCAUGCAUUUUAAAAACAUAACCAGCAAAAGUUUGUUUGUCCUGUUACCUGAAAUUUAAAUGAUUCUGUUUCAUUUCAUAUUAUGCUGUGUAACAGUAUUUACAGUUUUGAGUUUAACUUUAAGUCUGAGUUAAAAAUACUUGAAUAGGCGUAAUUUUAAAAUAUUUUUACUUUUGAAAAUUAAUUUACAUUAUUGAUUGUUACGUAGGCCUAGCUCAACAUAUAGUGAAAUUAGGGCCUACUGUCAGUGCCCUGUUUUUGUUGCCUGCUGUCAACAGAAUUGAAAAUGUGCCUUAUGUAACAUAGCAUUCAUUAUGAUUACAGUUUUCAUAUUAUUUUCUUUAAAAAAUAUUGUGCAAAUUAUUAUCCUACUUUAAAUCUACCAUAAUUUGUUAAAAUAAAAAACUUCUAUAGUUUGUUUCAAUGGAAAAAACAACAAUGACACAAUUUGAUAAGUUGUUCAGCAUCAUUCAAAUAUGAAAGGGGUAUCAUAUCUAAGUUAAGGGAGCUAGUUUAUAACUUCAGUUAAAAAGAACAGUCACAGCUGUCUUUUAAAAGACCUAACUUUAUGGUGAUUGGUUGAGAUAUUGACAAUUGUUGUGCAUGACAGUAGAGUUUUUCAGACAUGCAACUGUGUCUCUUUGCAGAUAUUCAAAACAGGUUGAGUGCAAAAAUAAUAGUGAUCUCAAAGAAGGUUUUCUUUUAAGUUAACAAAGUUCAUAUUACUUGUAAAAAGUAAGAGCUUGGAUCAUUUUUUUUUUUUGCCAUGUGGCACACUUCUUUCAAUCUGAAGAUAACUGACCAUGGUAUAUUUCACUAAUAUAAAAUAACUCUUUUUCAAUUAUUCCCAAUGUGUAUAUAUUUUUUUCAUUAUAGCUGUACUGUUCGACUUGGCAAGUCUACAUUAACCUGCAACCUCUAAACCAUGGCAACAAGCAACAAUAAUGAUGGGGCAACAUCCAGCAAGGUUGAUCUCCAAGCAUUUGAACCUGAGUUUCCUACCUACGAUAAUGCGUUCCCUAAACUACCUGCUGAUGCUCGUGCUGAACAACCAAUAGCACCAUCAAUUGCCCCAGGUGGAGCAUGGCAGCCUAAGUUCUUGACCCGUCAAUCAAAGUGUACCCAGGUAUAUUUAAAGAAGUUUUCAUUUCACUGUUACCUUUGGUGAACAGGCUCUUAACUCCAGUGACUCCAGCUACAUCCAUUUUAAUGUAAUGUGUUAUUCUUUGUGGGUUCCACUUAGAAAAUUUAUAAUGUAAAAUUUGGCAUCUUUUUAUACGACAGGUUUUUACUGUUCCUCUUGAGGAACGUAAGUUCAAAGAAAUCAACGAACGUCAAUUUGGUGAAGAGAGUGAACAGAUGAAGAUCUGCAAAGAAAUCAUGCAGAAAACUGGUUAGUGGCAGUCUUGUUGAUUAAAAUAGGAGCAAAUAUGUAUUUGUGACAACAAAGUGUUUCUAAAUUCGGUACUUGAAUUUGUUUUUUAAGGUUUGAAGUUUGUUUAGCUUUUUUUUCUUUCAAAUAAUAAGAAAAUCUAACAAAUUAAAAAUUUUCUAUUUGAAAAAUUGAGUUCAGAAAACAGAAGGAAAAUGAGAAUUAAUAUGUCUGUUCAAUUCACAGUCUAUUACUCCAGAUUUCUUUUUAUGCUUAAAAAAGUUUUUAAAUAAUCUUUCAAAGGUGUAUCAAUUGAAUUAAGCAUGGCUAAGGAUCAAAGUAUGACUCUGGUUAUCAAUGGACGACAAGAUGCUGUUAUGAAAGCUCGACGGGAAGUUGUAAGCAGACUUCAAACUCAGGUUAGUUCAGCAACUAAUAAACACCUUUGCUCUGGUAAGCAACAUUUGGAAAACAUCUUGACAUAAGUCUAGUAUAACAAAUUUAAAACAAAAUGGAAUCCCAAAAGAUUCAAAUAGAUGAAAUGGGUUAUAAUAUUGUUGGGGAUUGCACACAACCCACGAAGUGUGAUUGGCCAAUUUCCUUUAUCUCAACUGUCGGUCGAUAAAAUCGGCCAAGAAAAAUUGCGUUGAAAGAAUAAGUUCCAGCCCAUUAUUUUACACCAAAUAAAACUACUUCCUUUUAAUAAUAAAUAAGCUCCUGUUUUUUGCUCUUCUGUGUCCUUUUUUAAAACUUUGGAGUAAUUUUUUUCAACAAUCUUUAUCAAGCAAAUUUGUGUAAGUAGAUUUUCGCGAAAUGGAUGAGGCCAUAGCUGGACCAUCUGGCUUACGAAAUAAAUCAGUUAGGAAUCUUUUUGUUAAUUCUUAUCAGUUAAUGACUUAAGUGAUUCGGAAGAUGAUUUUCAGAUUACACACGUAGACAUUGAUAAUUCCAAUUAUUUUUCUAGUGGGUCCGAAAGUGAACGUUCGAACGAUUUAGACCUAGGCCUAGAACGAGUAUGUGUUGCAGCAACAACAUGACUCGUUCAAGACUAUGUUACAGAUGAUUUUGUACCAACGAAAAAUAAUUGGAUGUUGUUCUAUAUAUGUUUUCUUAUAUUUCAUUUUAUGGAUUAAAUAUUUAUAUAGCAGCUAUUUAAAUUUUAUCUGUUUUAUGCUAUUUAGUAAUUUUUAUAUUGUUUAUGUUGUGCUUCGUUACUUGAAUGUAAUUAUAGGUAUCGGAAGAAUUUUUUUUUUUAAAGCUAUUAAUAACUAAAACAUAUACAAGUAAUACAUUUUCUAAAAGAUAUACAAAUAUGUUAUCAUAUUAUACAAACAUUAUAAUAAUAUGCCUUUAAAAAAUUGUACUUUGAGGUACUUAAAAUAAAAAAAUGUCAUUAUUUUCUUUAUUCUUGGUCACUUUAAGGUCACGGUCAGCGAGUAUAACAUAUCAUUAAAAAAUAGCCAGUAUUAUUCCCCACUCAGUCUUCUUUCAACAAAUAUAUACUUUAUGGGGUCUAGCUAUAGCAUUAGCAUGUGAAAAAAUCACCUUUUUCAAAGGCACCCAAAAAGCUCAAAAUUGUCAGCGCAGUACAGAAACAUAACAUACACUCUUGGUGGGUUAAUAACUAUUGGUGAAAAUAAAAAACUGUAAAUGUUAAAAAAAAUGGACAAAUUCAUAAUGCAAAUCUAAUAUUAAUAAUAGCCUUAAUUACUGAUACAUCUGAAAACCUCCUGCAGGCUAGUACAGUGCUGAAUAUCCCCAGAGAAUACCACCGUUUCAUACUAGGCAAAAAUGGCAAGAAGCUGCAGGAAAUCGAACUGGCAACUGCGACUAAGAUCUACCUCCCACGCUCUGAUGAUAAAUCUAAUCCCAAUGAAAUCAAAAUUGUUGGGGCAAAGGAGGGAAUUGACAAGGCACGGCAUGAAAUUGAGGCAAUCCAUGAAGAGCAAGUAAGUAUAUUAGGGAAAUCGUGAACAAACAGGUGGAAAGCCCACAAGUAAAAGCUUGGGAAUCAACCAGAAUUGUUAGGUUUGUAGGGUAAGAUCUCAUUAAUGUUGACACCUCCAUUAGCAGCUUGUGAUAAGGGGACAAGUUUUAAUGUUCUUGAAAUAAGUAUAUCACAAUAGUUGUUACCAUUUUGUUUGGGAGCCCACUGGUAGUUUUAAUUAUGCACUCAGUUGUCAACAAGUAGAUGUAUUAGAAGUGGCUUGAUUUGAACAGGGACUAACUGCCCUAUCAAAUAGAGCGAGAUUAUGCAGCAUGAAUGGUUAAAUAAUACCUGACACUUGAAUUUAGACUUCAGGUUGCCAUGGGAGAAUUUACUUGAGAUUCCUAUAGAAAUUCUUUAGUGUUAUAUUAAGUUUUUCAAUUUGAGCUUUUCUUCUUUGUAUGACUAAUCCUAGUUAUCCGUUUGGAAAAAGAAAAAAUAAACCUUAGGGUUUGUAUGUAACAUCUUAUCUCUAUUUUUUUGUCAAGGCCAAAUUAGCUUUUGAAAGACUUCCUAUCCCCAAAGUUUUUCAUCCCUUUGUGUGUGGGCCAAACAAGGAGAACAUCAUCCGAUUGACUGAAGAGACGGGUGCUAAGAUCAGUGUACCACCUCAUAAAGAUGAAAUUGUGGUGUCUGGGGAAAAAGAUGGAGUUUUGAAAUGCAAGCAAGUUAUGAUGGCGAUCUAUGAGGAGAAGGUACAUCAGUGAUAAUUAAGUUCUAGAAAAUAUACAUGUUUCUAUUUGAAAGAAUAGCGUUGAAAUAUUUCUAUCCAUUACUUAAUUUAUGUUUACAGAAGAGAAAGUGUCAGACUGUAUCUGUUGAAGUCAAGAAAUCCCAGCACAAAUAUGUUGUUGGACCUCGCUAUGCCCACAUUCAAGAAAUUCUUGCAAACACUGGAGUAUCUGUGGAAGUUCCAGACCUGAAUUCACCCUCAGAGACCAUAACUUUGAGAGGAGAGCAGGAAAAAUUGGGUCAGGCUCUUACAGAGGUUUACAGCAAGGUAAACUCUUCCAGACAAUCUUUCAUGUAAUGCCCUGGCAGCAAACAACGCUGAAAAAAAAAAUCAGCAUAAGAUAGUGUAAACUUAAAAAAAAUUUUAAGGUCCACAAUUUUUUUUAUUCAAAAAAUUAUCUUGUAAGCCCUGAAUAUUAGGGGUGUGCCGGACCCCGGAAUCCGGUUCCGCCGGAUUUUGCACUAUCCGGUGAAAUCCGGUUCCGCCGGAUUUACAUGUAUCCGGAACAACCGGAUUCCGGAAUCCGGAAUAUACCGGAUUUCGGAAUUUGCCAGAUUUUUGUGACUCACCGGAUCAUAAUCUGAAAUAAAAGUAAUUCUCUUUCCCGAAUUCCACACGAUCACGAUACAUUAAUCGAUUUUUUCGAGCGUUGAGCUUGUUUAAUGUUUAAUAUUCCGUACAUACCAGAGGCUAGAGUCAGCACCGCUAAUAGUGGCCAAUAGUGUAGGGACUUUGAUAAGAAAAUUUAAACUUUUUGUAAAAAUAAACCAAUGGCAUAGUUGAAAAGAUGUAAUUUUUUAAAGAAUUAUAACACCAAAAUCAUAUUUUUAGCUGUUGUAGUUUUAAAGUUAUGAAUUUUUAAAGUACGACUUGGUUUGUCAUUUUUUAACAUGGACUGCAUCUCCACAUUCUGUGAUCUCAUUCCGCCAAUCCCGUCAUGCGCAAUGACUAUAUAGUUUAUAUAAGGCAACGCAUUCCCUGCCUUAUCACUAAAAUACUGUUUAGACUUAGUUUAAACUUUCAACUUUGGCACAUGAAUAAUUAAUUAAAGCUUUCCCUGACCAAUGGUUUAAUAGUUUUUGCACACGGCAAACUCUUAUGAAUGAAACUCUGAGGUAGUACUACGAUACAGUUAUGCAAGUGGCUGUGAAUGGUUGCCAAUGACAACGUGUUGCACACGGUAAAUUCUGAUCAUUUAUAAUAUGGAUUCUACCGGGUUGUUAAAGCUCAAAUUAAAACAUUCCAGUUUAAAUGUCUUUAAAUGCAUUCUGAAACACAAGUUAUCAAUUAUUUUGAUGUAAAUAGUGAUAAUAAAUUAAUAUUUCCUAAGUAUCGUCAACUUCCGCCAUUAAAAAGGGGGGCGUGGCCAACCCCAUGGCGAAAUUAGGUUGAGCGAGCUGCAUGACCUGCUGCGAACGCGUAGAAACAUGGCGUCUCUCGUAAGACACUUAUCCAAAUGGAACGGAACUCAAAUAUAUAUCGAAAGUACUAAUUUAAUAAUAAAUAGACACACACAUCGGAAAAUUAAAAACUCGGAUUUUUUGGCGCCGAUUGCGAAUUCCCAUACACAAAAAGUAGUAGUCCACCUUGACUUACCGAAGUAUCUACCAAUAGUACCAAAAUCAGGGAGAAACCGGAAUCCGGAUUAUUCCGGAAUCCGGAUUAUUCCGGAAUCUGGAUCCGGCGGAUUUCGCAUAAGAAAAUCCGGAUCCGGUUGGACAAAACGGAUCCGGCACACCCCUACUGAAUAUAUUAAGAAAUUUAUCAAUGGUGAAGUGGAAAUCGCAAGGGGUGAGGAAGCAUCCUAUCUUCCAUAGAAACAAGAACAAUAUGUUAAAAGUAAAGCAGCAAUUUCUAAACAUCAUCUAGUGUAUAUCAUAUGAGGAUUUCUCCUCCUGCAAAUUUAUAUUGUUUUGUAGUGUUACUAAUUCAUCUUAUUAUUUCCCUCUAAAUGAAUACUCAUUCCAUAAAAUUAGAUUCGUAAAUUAUAUUUUGUUUUUUUAAUCCUAAACGAUCCAUAAUUUGUAAAAUGUUCUGUGAAAAAUGUCUUGCUAUUUAUUUUGUCCAGGCAAAUAGUGUUGUUUUCUCUGAUGUGAUUGCACCAGCAUGGCUUCACAGAUUCAUCAUUGGAAAGAAGGGUAGCAAUAUCAAAGAGAUCACAGAAAAUUUCCAGAGUGUAAGUUUUACAUUUCUAAAAAUUUUACUUAUAAAUUUAAAAUUAAACAUAAAAGUCACUUUAUUCAAAUUAGUAGUUAAAUCUAUUAAUUGCUUAAAUCUAUUAAGUGCUCAGUACCUUAACUUAAAGAAAAGCAUAUGUUUGCAUUUGUAUAGCUAAAUAUCUUCAAUUGAGAAUCUAUGUUGGCAUUUGUCUGGAUGUUAAACCAAUCAGUCUUUGUUUACUUGAUAGGUUCACAUUGAGUUUACUGAGGGUCAGGACAAAAUUACUAUUGAAGGACCCCCUGAAGAGGUCAAUAAAGCUGUGGAGAAGCUGAAUGCUUUUGUGAAAGAUUUGGUAAUUUUUUUUAAUAUCCUUUUUUUUUAAGUAGGACAGUUACUGUAAGGUUAGAAAGAAUUUAUUUUUUUUAUUUAAAAAAUGUAUUGUGCCUAAAAAUGAAAGAAAUGAGAUUGUUAGAAUUGGCUUCAUUUAUGUGCUCUAGUUGACAAGUCUGUGGUGACUUGUCGAUUAGGAGGCAUCGGCCACUGACCCCCCCCCCUCGGCGUUACCCGGGGUACAAAACUACUGGGCGCGUCCUGGGUGGGCAGACAAGGGAUCUGCUCGGUACCUGCCCUACAUAAAACAGCUCCUACAGGGCUGCCAGUUGUGAUAUUACCCAACUGGAAAAAAUAGGCAGAGACAGGGUAGGGAUCAUGAUUACAAGUUGCCGUUUAUGGAUAUGAGGCGAAGGUGGUAACCUCUGGCCGAUGAUUCUUACUAUGCAGCCCUGAGAAGCUGCUCCAAGGCAACCGUUUCGUCCCAGCUGCAUCGCGAAUUAGUUGCGUUGUGGAAACCCACUGUAGAAUCCCUCUUAUAGGGCGUCUAACGCUUCCCGGGAUGGGUGGGGAAGAUAUUAGGACGUACGUUUUUUCAUCCCAACUCCUGAGAAAGUCGAUCGUGUGCAAACACAGUGUCGGACCGACCGGGUGUCUUUGGGUUACGACGACCCCCCGGCGGAGACCUGGUCGAGCAGACGGGUGGGGGCUGUCCUGACAAAGGGACAUCCCGGACAUGCCGCUCCGCUGCCCGAUACCGGGUUGGAGAGGGGUGUUUUGGGGAGGGCAUAAAGAGUGCAAGCUCGACGGUCCGCUGACACCAUUUCUUAAUGUAAUAUAUAUGUGCUUUUAUUAUGCCAUAGUGGUCUUUAUUAUUAUUUCAGGUCAAGCGCAUGGAUUUUGCUGAAAUUACAGUAGAUCAAAAAUUCCAUAAACAUAUUAUUGGGAAAAGUGGAGCAAACAGUAAGUUUUUUCUGUGAAAACUGUAAAACAAAUAAUAAAAAAAAUAUUUUUAAAAGUUCUGAAUUUCUUUUUUAUUUAUAAUGGAUAGAUAUCUAAUUUAAAAAUUACACUGUUUAAAUUGUACAUAAGAUUUUAAAAAAUAAAGCAUUACAAAUUUUUCUUUUCUAAUAGUUAGUAAAAUUAAGCAAGAAACUGGUGUGGCCAUAAGAAUACCACCCGAUGGUGAAAACAGUAACAUUAUUAGAAUAGAGGGAGAGCCACAAGGAGUCAAAAUUGCAAAGGAACAGCUUCUUGAGAUGGCGAAUAGGAUGGUAAGUUGGCAUUCCAGUCUGCAUCAUUUCUUGAACAGAAUUACAUUUAUGUACUGCUUUACUGUACCUGUUUCUGUUUUUUAUUGUAAUCAUAAAGAACAUCUUUGUUUUUAAUUGUAAUAAUUAUCUGAAUCUAAAGUUAGCAAGCUAGACAGCUGUGGUGGUUAUUCAUUGUGACUAUUGGAUGUUAUAGUCAAGUGUUAUGUAUUUAUGGGUAACUGCGUUCAAGCAUUGUGAAGUAAAUAAGGAGUGAAACAAGAUAUGAUUAGGUUUGAAAAAAAGACAGCUCAAUUAAUGGGACGUUUCUGCUAAAUACAAAACAGACUGGGAGAACCACUUUGUGAUCUUUGAACACUUCUAGUUUUUAAUUUCAAAAUAUUUAUUUUUGUAUGCUGAAGAGCAUUUUUAGGCAUUUAGCCGAAACAUCCUUUUAAUUGCUAUGUUGUUGUUGUUUUUUUUGUCAAGCCUAAACAUAUCUUGUUCCACUAUAUUUGUGUCUUUAAAGUAUAAUCAUUUCACCCCCCAAAAAAAUAAAUCAACUUAAAAUUGGAAGAAUAGUCAUUAUCAAACUUUGUUUUGCAGGAAAAUGAGAAAACCAGAGAUAUUAUAAUAGAGCACAGAUUCCAUCGACAAAUUAUUGGUGCUAAAGGAGAGAACAUUAGAGAUAUUAGGGAAAAAUUCAAUCAAGUUCAGAUAACCUUUCCAGACCAGGGUAAAAAGAGCGAUGUUGUAACAUUACGUGGACCAAAGAAUGAUGUUGACAAGGCUUACAAACAUUUGCAGAAUCUUGUAAAAGAUUUAGUAAGUUCAUCUGAUAUUUAAAUUUAGAUGGUUAUUUUGAUGUUUUUUAUGCUUAAAAAUGAAGGUAAAUCUCAAAACAACUGUUGGAUUACUAUGGAGACUUAAUUUGAUUGAAACAUGAGUUUCAAGCCAUUGAAACAUGAGUUUCAAGCCAGAAUAUGUAGUUAAGAAGAAAAGGUAAAUAAAUACAAUUCAUGCUUGACUGAAAGAAAUCUCUUAAUCACUUUAAACUUUUCUUCUUUUAGAUUGAGAACAACUACCAGGCACAAGUCCACAUAUUUAAGGACUUUCAUAAAAACAUUAUUGGCAAAGGCGGAAAUACAAUAAAGAAGGUAACUAAUAUUUGUUUUUUUAAAAACUGAGAAGACAAUAAUACACAACGAAGAAAAAAAAAAUAUUACUAUUUAUAAAGAAAGUUUUAAAAAAAACGUUUGCAUUUUUUGAAACUCAAAACCUGAAGUAAAGUCCCUGAUUCAUGUAGGUUUGUUUUAUUAUAAGCCCAUGGUGGGGGUGGCCAUUGUUCAAUCAGAUUCUUGCAUUGAUAGAUUUCAUUACAAUCACCAGAUUCGUGAAGAGACAGACACCAAGAUUGACCUACCUAGUGAGAUUAGUGACAGUGAUGUGAUCACAAUCACUGGUAAGAAAGCCAAUGUGGAGAAGGCUCAGGCAAAAAUUGAAGCCAUUCAAAAAGAGAUGGUGAGGAGCUUUUUUAGUUUGUUUUAAAAAUGAUAAUAAUAAUAAUAAAGUUCAUUUCAAAAACACGCUUCAUCCCCAAAGGCUCGAAGCGCGGUACAAAGUCAAAAAAAAAAAAAAAAAAUCUAUAGUUUACCACAUUUAAAACAAACGCAACACGACAAAAACUAAGUACAAGCAUACAAUGGCAAAGUCUUUCUAGCCAUUUCAACCAUAAGCAACACAGCCAUUAUGCAUUGAUGGCAUUGUGGCUUUUUUAUUUUGAUAACUUAUAAACUAAUUUUAUUUUGAAAACUUUCCUUUAAUUAUGUAAUAAAACUAUUUUAAAGUAAUUGUCAGUAUGUGAUUUCAAUGCUAAGCUCGUAAUAAUUUUAUGAAUUUUUUAAAACAUAAGAUUAGUUCAGAUAUUCUAUAAAACUUUUAUUUAAAUUUUAGUGCCACCAGUAGAGAUGUCGAAUGAACUUGAACAUUUUAUUCAACAUUUUGUUGAACAUUUCAGGGCAACAUUAAGGAGUUAACUAUUGACAUCCCAAAUAAGCUGCACAACUCCCUGAUUGGCUCAAAGGGCAGAUUUAUUAGAUCCAUUAUGGAGGAGUGUGGUGGUGUUAUGAUUCGUUUCCCACAAGAGGGAACAAAGAGUGACAAAGUUACGAUCAGAGGCCCUAGCGCUGAUGUUGAGAAUGCCAAACAGCAGUUGCUGGAAUUGGCCAAUGAAAGGGUCAGUUGUAUUUAUUUGUGUUAUAUGAUUCCUUCAAAUUAAUUUAAUAUUUAGGUUAGAUUCAUAUUUUAUAGAAGAAAUGAAAUGUGACAUAUACUCUGGAAUUCGGGUAAUGUUUUAAACCUGAAAAGAUUUUUAUUUUAUUUUGUUAGAAUCAGAAACAGUACAUUAUUUUAUAUAUAUUCCACUAGGUAACAUUCUGAUUAUAUUAUUGUUAUCAAAAAAUAAAUUAAUAAAAACAACCAAUGUUUCUUAUGCAAUAUAUUAAUUUAAUAUAUUUCCCUUAACAGAAAGAUUCUGGUUUCACACUGGAAGUCAAAGCCAAGCCACAGUACCAUAAGUUCCUCAUUGGUAGAGGGGGAGCAACCAUUAGAAAGGUACCCAGUGUAUCACUGGCUUAAUUUAUUUAAAUAAUGAUCUUAGGAAGACUGAAGGAGCUAUUGACUUGUCUUAACUUCUUAGAAAUUAUCAGAUCUACAACUUUAGAAUGUGCCAAAUUAACAAUAUUGAUUUCCAAACACCUCUUAAGAUGUUUCAUACCCAUAAUCUAAUUACCCCACACAGAUUUAAAUUAUAAAGCCCGCUAAACAGCCUUGAAGUUCAAGAAGUUAUAUCCAUAAGACUUUUUUCCUUAUAAAGCAAUCUUAAAAAAAGAAUUUUAAAAAUAGGGGCUGUGACAUCAAAAUGUAAAUUAGCCGACCUUUUCAGUGGAUUUUUUAAAAGGUGAUCGGCAAUCCUUGUUUAAACUUCACUCUUUAUCCUCCUGAUGUUGGUUAUGCUUUAAAGUAAGGGGGCUUUAUUUUUAUGGCAGGUGAGGGAAAGCACAGGUGCUCGUAUUAUUUUCCCAAGUCAGCAAGACCCAGAUCAAGAGACUAUCUCCAUCAUUGGCAAGGAAGAGGGUGUGAAGCAAGCAAAGGCUGAUUUAGAAAGUCUCAUCAAAAGUCUGGUAAAAUAUUCCUUUUUUUUAAUGAAAUUUGUGACUAUGCAGAUGUACAUAAAUUAAUGAGAAAUUUAAAUUUUAAAUCAUUCUUAACAAAACUCAUUUUUUAAAUUAGCUCCUCCUUUGAAAGUUUCUUUGCAUCCUUUGAACAGGACAACACCAUCGAGGGUGAAAUCAGCGUUGAUCCGAAGCACCACAGAUAUUUUGUUGCUCGUCGUGGUGAGGUGUUGCGACAGAUUGCUGAUGACUUUGGGGGUGUGAUAGUUAGUUUCCCCCGAAGUGGUGUGAGCAGUGACAAGGUUGUGAUCAAAGGUCCUAAAGACUGCGUAGAAGCAGCCAAGAAGAAGAUUCUGGAGAUUGUAGAUGAUUUGGUAAGUAAUGGUAACAGAUAGUAAAUUAUCCAUCAGAUUGGGGAUAAGGCUUACUGAUAGUUAAUAUUGUGACAGUAGAAAAAUUUUAAAAUAUUUAUAAUAUAUAAUAAUAUUUAUAAUUGUUUUAAUAGUUUUAAUAAAUAUAUUUACAUUUGUAUUCCUUGACUUUCUGGUAUUUCAAAGACUUUAUUUGGGUUAGCCUCUAUCUUCUUUAAAAUAUAGAAAAUUUUUACAAAGGUGUGAACAUGAGUGUUGUAUUUAGCUGGAAUGAACCUUAAAAAAUGCAUAAAAUUUUUGGGCUUUAACCAUAUCCACGGCAUGGCAUUUUCUGUAGUGUCAAGUGAUUUUUAGCAUUAACAUAUGCUUGUCAGAUAUGACAAAAUUCCAAACUAAAUGAAUUUAGAGACCCAACAAUACAUUUUCUGAAAGUACAUUGGAUAAGGUAUCUUAUGGUACGAAAAGAAUUUGUUUUUUUAUGUUAUGUAUGUUUAUUUUGAUUUUGACCUUUACAGAGUGAGUAAAAUUUUACAACUCGGCAUCUCAAUUAAACCUAACCUAAUACUCUAUAAAUUGUUCAAACUGUCAUAAAAUCAUGUUUUUGAGAUACUAGAAACCAUAUUCUUUCAGAAAAUGUCAAGCUAUAGUUAUCGUGAUUGAUAAUUUUAAUAUUGGUUAAUUUUUAAAAAUUCCAGUACCUUCAAAUUUCUGACAUACAAAAUACAAGGGGGAAGGCACAAAAUAUCAGACAUAAUGAUGGUCAAACACUGAUUAAGCACAAUAAAACCUGAUAAAAGCUUGUUAAUGGACAAAUGUAAAUUGGAUGUAAACUCAUUAUAUAGAGUUAUUUCGCCAUAACCAAAAUACAUUAAAUAAUUUGCAUUUUUAAAGACGAUUUUGUUAGCUGAUGCUUGUAUCAACCGUGACAUCACAAGAAGGGGUUUAACAACCCAUCGUCGGCCGUUAUGAUAGUUUAAAAAAUGUUACACAUUUCGAAUGUGCCAAUGAGAGUUUUGUUUGUCUUUUUAAACAGGAUGCUCAAGUUACAGUUGAAUGUGUGAUACCACAAUCAGAUCACAGGACAGUAAUGGGUAGUGGUGGUAAUAAUGUGCGUGAAGUCACCAAGCAGUAUGACGUGGGCAUCAAAUUCCCAGACAAACCUCCAGUGGCCAAUGGAAGUAAGAUUUAGUGCAGAAAAUAUUGAAUAAUGCUCAUUUGACCAAUAUGUUAUCCUUAUCAUUGCUACUCUUGUUGAAAUCUUCUACUUAAUUACUUACUUAUGCCUUAUACCUCAUCUGGGACAUGGGCUGUAUACAAGAAUUUUCUAUUCAUCUUGGUCCUUUGCCUUCUUUCCAGCUGCUUCCAGCUGUAUCCCAUACUUUGUGUGUCUAUCUCACAUCUCCAUUCUUUGAAAGGAGAGUUCUCAGCUUUGAGGCUUCCAGUAUAACUUGGCUUUGGCUGCAGUGCUUCAUAACUCUUCUUGGGGAAGAAGAGCCCUCUCUUAUCAGGGCUGAAUUUUUUUUGGUUUUUACUACUUGGCGUUUCUUUAGCAGUUUGUUUUUCAUGGUUGAGGUAGCUGGCCUCACACCAACCCACCUCAUUUUGCACCCAGGCAUGGGACCAGUCAUAGUGGAGUUGAAUUCUUCUACAUUCGCUUUUAUUACAUAUUUUCUAUGAGCUGUGUUGCAUUUCAAGCAGUGGUUCUCAAUCUUUCUAACGCUGCGACCCUUUAAUAUAUUUCCUCACAUUGUGGCGACCCCCCCCCCCCCAAAACAAAAUUAUUUUCAUUGAUACUUUAUAACUGUGGAGUAUGUGUUUUUUUUCAGAUGGCAUUAGUCGACCCCUGUGAAAGGGUCGUGCGACCCCACAGGUUGAGAACCCGCUGAUUUAAACCAUCUUAUAUUUUCUCACUGUUAACAAUUAUUGACAAUUAAUAAGAUUAAUGAAUGUAUAUCACUAUAUUGAUACCUUGAUAUUAAAAUAAUUUAGAAUGUACUUCAUGACUCAUUAUCUGCAGAUUCUCCUGAUGAGCCAUUGCCAUUGGUAAAUGGAGAUGCAAGUUCAGAAGAAAGCACUAAUGGACCCCGCAAGGGCGACAUAAUUAUCAUUACAGGCAAACCUGAAAAUUGUGAAAAUGCCAGGAAAGCCCUACUGGUAAGAUUUAAGUUAAGGUUUAUUUUCUUUUGUUCUUGGCUUUAUUUGAUUUCUCUGAACUCUUACAUGGGAACAAGUAUCUUUCAAAUGCCAUUUCCUUAACGUGAGUAAUACAACAAUUAAGACUUACCAAAAAUUGUAAUUAAUGAGGGUCAUAAAUCUGUUGUUGCUGAUAACUGACCUUACUUUCACAAUUUGUUAAAUUUCUAUGGUGUUAAAGGACAGGUGUUCUUUCAUCCUAAUUUUGCUUGCUCACAUAGCUAAACAAUAUUCACAGGAUCUUGUGCCCAUCGUUGAUGAGGUCAAUGUCCCGUACGAGCUUCACAAGUUCAUCAUUGGGCAGAGGGGUAAGGAUGUGCGCAAACUUAUGCAGGAUUUUGAUGUGAACAUCUCCAUCCCUGCAGCUGAAGAGCACAGCGAUGCAGUGAAGAUUCGUGGUCCUCCAGCCAAUGUCAGGAGAGCCAGAGAAGCCAUCUUGGACAGAGUGAACCAAUUGGAACAAGAGAGGGAAGAUAGGGUAUGAGUAAACGCUUGCAUUUGAACCAUCCCAAGUUUUAUAAGAGAUGCCUCAUUGAUUUCCUCUGUCCGUACUGUAAUGAGUUGACUUGAAUAAAAGGGAUGGAGUUGUUUCUUUUUUCAAUAACUCUGUCCAAAAAAUUAGGUUUUUGAUUUGACUUUAUUUCAACAGUUCCAAAAUAUUUUAUAUAUAUAAUUUUUUUAGAACAUGAAAUUUUAGUAAAGUUAUUUUUAUUUAUUUAUUUUUGUUCUUUUCUCAUGAAAAGUUUGACUUCUCAGUUACUGAAAUAAAUUUUGUUAUAACUUCUCAUUUGACGGUUAAAUUUCUUCUGAUUUUAACAUUAAACUAGUUGAGUUUGUUUGUGAAACAUUUAUUUUCUUUUUUUUUUAAAUUUGUUGACAAUUUACAAAUUUCCUAUGCACCCAAAUAAUUUAUAUAAAUAUGCUGAUUAUGGUAAGACAGUCCAUUAUUUUAGUGAAGUUAAAUAUGCUGAUUGUGGUAAGGCAGUCUAUUCUUUUUGUGAUAGCUAAUUAUGCUGAUUUUGGUAAGACAGUCAAAUCAUUUAGUGUAAUUUUAUGACUAAUUUUAUCUCAUGUCAUCUACAGGAACUGAAAAGCUUCAGGCUCACAUUAGAGGUGGAUGAAAAAUACCACCCAAAGAUCAUUGGACGCAAAGGGAAUGUUAUCUCUGUCAUCCGCAAGAAUCAUGAUGUAAACAUUCAAUUUCCAGACAAAGGCAGCGAAAACCCCAGUCUUAUCUCAAUCACAGGCUACCAACAGAAUGCAGAGGCGGCCAGGGAAGAUAUUCUGAAGAUUGUUAAGGACAUUGUGAGUUCUACAUUAAUUGGGCUGCAUCUGAAUUCAUUCAUUGCCUUCUGAGUUCUUUUCUUUAAUAACUUAAAUUCCUAUGCAUGAAGUAUUAAGUUCAAAGCCAUCGAAAGAGAAUGCUUUUAAACAUUUCCAUUUAGACAAAGCUGUUUUCAUUUAUAGAAUUAACAAACACUUUCAUUACUCAAAUUAAUUUGCUUUGGAAAUUUGAAAGUAGUUUUUUUUUGUUGUUUUUUUAAAAAGUUUGUACAAUUUUAUUUUACAAUGGGAGUAAAAUAAGAAUUAACCAAAAAAAAUAAAUUUGAUCAAAAUAAUGAUAUUUUUUGGAAAUGAGUGAAACGUUUUGUUGCAUCCUAUUUUCAGGUUUUCCCAUACUUUUUUCGCUCAUUCCCUUUUACCUAACCUGAUUGCUUAUUGUUUUUUGGACCCAAACAAUUUGAAUAAAUAGCUCAAUGUAAUUGUAUGUUGUCAAUGUAAGUACAUAAUUUUUUCAUUUCAAUCACAUCCGUUAUGUUCCAAUUAUUUUUAGGAGGACAUGUAUGUGGAAGAAGUAAAAAUUGAUGCUCGUGUUCAUCCCCGUAUCAUUGGUGCUCGUGGCAGGGGUAUUAAUAAAUUGAUGGAAGAUUUCAAUGUGGAGUUACGCUUCCCAAGACCCAGUGACCCUGACCCAAGCAUUGUGACUAUAACUGGUGCUGAGGAUAAUGUCCUUGACUGCAAGGACUAUUUGCUCAAUAUGGAAGAAGAGUUUGUAAGUUCAUUUUAACCUCAUUUUUAAAUCCUUAAUGUUAACUUUGCUUUAAUCAGUGUUUGUGUGGGGAAAAUCUUUGAAUUGCUAAUUGACCCACUUCCCAUCAUCCUGCUGAUGACAUCACAUUCUAACAAAUUUUCAGCCCCAACCCCCAGAAAUAUAGUUUUUCCUAUUUUCCAAGGGGAAGAUGAAUGAAAUAUUUGUUCAAAGGGUUCCUGCUUUGAUUUGGAAAUAAAUGGUAAAGCUGUUGCUAUGUGCUUUGUAUUUGUGAGGUAUUUGGGUUUAAAUAUAUCUUUGGUCUAUUAGGUUUUACAUGCACCAAGUUUCAUAAAAACCAUUCCCAUACCAAAAAUAAGUUGCUAAAAUCACAUAAAUGAUAUAUCGCAUGCAAUACAUAAAUGCUGACAAAAAUGGAUGUAAAGGAUUCAUACAAAAAACUUUGUUUUCAUGGGCUGUUCAAGUAAACAAAAGUACACAACAUAUCCUUUAAUUUGAUAGGUUAGUCUGCUUUCUUCUGUUGCCUGUGUGUAAAAUGCAUUUGUUUAUUUUGCUGCAGCUCCAGGACUUUGUUGACCAAGAAUAUAUCCGUGAUUUGACAAGACCACCCAGUAAAAGUUCUACAGAACCAUCUGCACCAAGGGAGCCUACUCCAGGUUUUGUGGUGAAGGAUGCCCCAUGGGACCGCGCCCCUGAUACAGCCAGCCAGGAGGAGUUCCCCAGUUUUGGAGCGGUGGUAGCUCCCAAGGGACGUUCAUGGGGCCCCAUUAGGAAGUAAAAGCUGGUCCAUGGCCACACAAACCUAUGGGGUUCUAGAUGACUGAGAGAGCUUAUAAAAGUUCUUUUUUUUUAAAAAUUGUCCAUGCUUUCCUUAGUCCCCCCACCCCCUCCUACGUACUGUCCUCCAUCUCUUCUUUUUUUUCCUUUCUUAACACCAUUUUGAAAUGCUUCAAGAAAUUUGAUGCUCUUUCUGUUCACACAUUCAUGGAGGGAAAAUCUGCUCACUGUUGACCAAAACAUCAUGGGCUUUAAUAUUGCCAGUGGAUGUAUAACAUUAAGAGCAGAUAAAACAAAUGUUUUGUUGUUGUUAUUGUUUUUCAAAUAAAAGCACAGGGAUGAAAUAUUUUAACCAGUUUAUGUAAACAAAAAAAAAAUAAUAAUUGUGUUUAUGAUGGCCUGAUAUGCAUAUAUCAAUUUGAUUGUUAUAUUAUAGCUAUGAUUUAAACAAAUUACAGAGGAGCCCUUUUGCUUCAUCAGUUAUUUAGCUUUUUGUGAGAGAGAUAUUUUGCAGAGGUAAAGUUGAUGUUAGUUGCUCUUUCUUUUGUCAACCCUCCCUUUGAUAACCAGUUGAGGUUAGAUUUUGAAGCAUGUUGUCUGGGUUGAAAACUGUUAAGCAAUAGUCCUGUCGGUUGAUUGGUAGAUAGGGGUCUGAAAGAAAUCACUAGAUUCAAUCUUAGGCUGCUGGUUAUCUUAUCCAGGUCAGUACUUAUUUAGUGAGUGUCAGGCAGAGUUUAAUUAAUGCAGUGACCGGGUUUAAUUCCUGGCUAUGUGCUCAGGGUGUUAGUGAGGCUCUAGGAGCCCAGGUCUUUAAGAGGUUUCCAUAAUCAUAGUCUGCUUUUCCCAGCUAUAUAAAUAAAUACAUAACUUUGGGGCCUUUAGUUGAUUUUGCCCAGGGUCCACUGGGUACAUAGCAUCCUGGUGCUCUCUUUCAGCUCACAUUGUAAUAUGAGGCUUUCAAUUUGACCAAUAUUAUUUCAUCACAGAGAUGCUUAGAGCUUCCAGCAAAAAAAAAAAGGAAUCCUAUUUAUUCUGAAACACCCCCAUUAAUAGAUUUAUCAAAUAUUUUAAGGGAGACCCUGGCGUCUAAUAUUACCAUUGACCUGGAUAGAUCACCAAGUGGCAAUGGCUAGAUGUAUUUUACCCUUGAUUUUUCUAAAGUAAUGGUUCUUUUAGAAUGUAAGGUUCAAACAGCCAUGUUAAAACCAUUCCAUAACAAGUGUGAAUUUUCCUGAUUUUUUUUUAACAUUUGAAAUUUUGUUUGUGAGCAUUGAGAAAACAUGUCUAGCCAAAUGUUGUUUUAGGUUAGAAUAAGCUACUAUGGUGCAUAAGGGAACAUAUCUGAGAAGCAAUUAUAUGAUUUGUACAUUAAAAUAAUGUAAACUUCUUUUCCAGCCCACUUCUUUGUGAUAACUUUUUUUUCUUGACAAAAUUCACCAGAGGAAUUUUUAUUUUUUUUAUUGAAUUUCAUAUAUGCUGAUUUACUAUUGAAAAAUUAAUAAAAAGGUAAUGCAGUCAAGCCUGAGACAAAGUGUGAUUUUGAGAUGUGGAAGAAUCUUAUCAAAUGGAUUAGAUACAUGUCACUCUAGGUUAUUUAUAGAGAAACAUGUGGUGACUUACCUUAAAGGUAACUGAAAGGUACUUUGACAAAUAUUGGGACUGAUCAUUUCCUAUGUUUUCAUGGCUUUGUGUUAGUCUUGGAAAUUCUAACAGAAACUUAAUUCUUUAAAGAUGUGGGAAAGUUUUUCAUAUAACGUGGAUACGAAAGAGUUUCUGCAAGUAACAGUUUGAGAAUCUGGCACUUUUAUAACAGAAUGUGCAUUUGUUGUUUUGAAUCAAUCUUUUAAUUUUUGUUCACUUUCUCUUAAAACCUCAGUAUAUUCAUAAAAUGUCUAAAAGAUUUGCCAUGACACAUAAACACAAACAUUUGAUAACUUAAAAACUGUGGAGACAUAUUUUUUUAGUUUGACCUUCAUGUUAGCAGCAGUUGAUGGGUCACUUAUACAACCAGUAGAAAGCCUAGAGUCAUUUGAGUGUGCUGGUUGGCAGAGUCUGUUCAUCCGCUAUAAUUUCUAUUAUUUCAGAAAAUAAGAAAUGCAUUUCAUUAUUCUUCUUGUUUGUAUGCAAAUUGCCAUUCGCAAAGAAAUUCCACUGGUCUCAAAUGGGAUGCAUGCUUAAACCAAUCCAGCUAGUCACCGCCAAUCAAUAUGACUAUAGGCUUUUUUGUGUACUUCGUAUUUUAUCUGUCCUAAGUCAUGUGUUGUACAUAAAUCAAUUUUAACUAAUCAUUCAUUACAUUUGUCUCUUGCAAUAAGAAAGUUUUGUUUCACAAUGAUUAUAAUGCUCAUGAAGUUUUCUUUUUAAAUUCAAACAAAUAUGCAAUGUACAUUUCCACCAAUGCGUUUGGUCCCCAUAGUCGACCCUUGCCUAUCAUACCAUAACCUCUAUCACUUUCCCCUUUCAGCUCAGUUAAUUCUCUCUAGUCCCACCAUCUAUCACACCAAAACUGAUUUUUUAAAAUUAUAUUAUUAUUAUUAAAAUAUGCGGCUCAAGCUAUUGGAUUAAAUCAUUAUUUUUUUUAAGCUAACAGAGGUUAUUUUCAUGUGAUGAAGAGACUCCGUAAAAAGAUUUCAUAUUUGAAAAGCACCCCAAUUAUUAGCUCUUUGACUGCUUAAGGAAAGUGGAUACCCACUCUAACCACUACAAGAGCAGACACAACUUGGUGCUCUUUCUACUGAAGCAGCCUCUAGGUUUGAAUUAUAUUUAACUUCACGAUUUGGGCUCUGAAUGCUUAAACAUGAGAUGCAGGCUUUGAAUCUCUCCGCUCUAGUAGUCACCAUUUUAUCUUCACAAACUUGAAGCUCAGUAAUACCACAAGAAACACACCUGUCAUGCCAGUGUUAUCUCAGCCUGGGGUGUCGUCUUUGUCUUUCUCAUGUGUCUCUUCCAUUUCAAAUGCGAUAAUCCAUUUGAAUUGAUUCCUACUGCAUUUUACUUUUUUUUUUCAUCUAUUGAUUUUAUGUUUGUUACUACUACUACUACUACUACUACUGCCCCAUAGCACUUAUCUAUUUUAUGAAUAUACAAUUCUAUUUAAGUCGAUGGUUCGCAAACUACGGUAUACAUUUUACGACAAAGGUGACAAUACUUUUAAUACAGGCAUGGACUGAUAAUACAUUCAUCCUGCAAAGCAAAAGUGGUGAUGGUAGAACAUCCUUCAUUAAUUCAUUAAUAUUUGUCAGUGUCAUAAAAUGGAUUAUUAAUCAAUUCAUUAGUUCAAAAACCACUGAUUCAGAGGAAAAAAUUAGGGGGAUAAAUUUUCCUGCUCAUUCCAGUUAAAGGUCACUCUAAUUUUGUUUCAGUGUUGUCACAGAUUGCCAUACCUCAUCUCUCGCUCCAUACAGGAAUGCACACGACUUGUUACCGUUCAGAUGAACUUUUUUUUCUUGAUAAAAAGUUAUAUUUAAGUCUUUUUUUGACAGGCUUAUUUUUUUUUUAAAAAGCAUUUAUCUUCUAUUUGGAGUAACAGCAGCGAGUGACAAGAAUGUGAAGCAAUUAAAAAAACAAAUUUAUAUGUCAUGUUAUAUUUUCAGAUAAUUAUAUUUUAUUUAUAGAAAGUUUUUAAACAUUGAAAAAGAAUGAGUUGACCCACUUACUGUUUGGGUUCCUUCAUUAGUUUUUUUAAAAUAUAUAUGAGAUAUAUUUAUAUGUUCACUAGGACAGAUUUGGGGGCUUUGUAAUUGAAUAAUUGCCUUAUUUGAAAACCGUUUUUCCAAAAUUCACUCCACAAAUUUAACUUUGAAUAAACUUGUCAAACAUCAAAACAUGCUUAUAUUUACUAAUCACUUGGUACUGUCAAGCGCUGUUGAUAAAAAAAAAAAUAUUAUGACAAUUUACAUCAUAAGGAUGUAGGAUGUUGUAGGUGGGGUUUAUUGUGUAUCUCAGCCAAGUGGUUAGUAGCAGAGAUUGAAUUUUGGGAAGACGUUUUUAAACAAAUCCAUGAUUAUGAUGUUAUGUGUGGUUAUGAACUAGGAAUCUAGCUGCAACUCGACUGGUGGAGCAUUGCAAAACACCUGCUCGUAAUUGAACAUAAUUGUCAAAUAAAAAAAGAAAAAGACCAGGUACUCCAACUACCCACAUUAUCUGGCAUCAUUGUUGUGAUUUUUUUCUCCAUAUAAGUGAAGUUUUUGUCCAUAUUUCAACAGGUGCCAGUAUCCCAUAUGUCAUUAACAAAUUUUGAAAUACUUUACAUCAUUUUUUUAAAAAUAAAUUGCACUCCCCCAAACAAAUUUCAGAGUUAAAGAAGUGAAAUUUGUUAAGCUUUUAACACAAUCUUUCAUUCUCCCAUACACUGCCCCACUCCCUUUUACCUGUAUUUAGAUUUAUUAUGUAAAGAUGUGGGUGAUGGGGCUUAGGCGCAUUAAUUACAGUUUGCCUGCUUAUGGUAGCUGUUAGAUGAUAGCAUGACAGGUAUGGUGGAUGGGUUGGCCACAGAUGUUCAUGAAAAAGUUUGAAACAGAAUAAUGUUGCUUUUUUUCCCCCCAGUGUUUUUUAAACUUCAUUUUAUGCAUAGUUUGUUUUUUUUGCAAUUAUAAAAUUUUCAUAACAUAAAAAAAAAAAAAAAAAAAAAAUUUAAAAAAAAAAAAAAAAAAAAAAUAUUUAAAAAAAAAAAAAUUAUUUAGCGAGUGGGUUUAAUUAUGUAUGUAAUGAAUCAGAUUUUUUUUUUUUCAAGUGUGAUGUGACUUAAUAAUGUAAUUAUAUGAUGUACAUAAAAAAACAAAUUUCAACAACAAAAGAUUAGUUCAUUAAUUAAGGACUGAGUGAGAUGUUUUUGUUAAAACCAUGGGGCAGAAUAGCAUAAGUUAAGGACACAUGACUUAAUGACAGUGUUGUUGACGAACUGUAAGUGGAGUGAAUGAAUUGAGAGCUUCUAAAAAUAAUUUUAAAAAUGUCAACCCUGUUAUUGGAUGGUCCACUAAAAUUUUAAUGCUGAUGUAUAUGAUUUUCAUUGGCAAAAACACAGAAAUAAAUGUAAUUAUAAAAUGUG